CGUUCGUUCAUCAGAGAUGUCGCAAGUUUUGGGUGGCAUGUCGGGCGACGUUUUUGCUUGCCUCUUCUUCUUGCAAUUGCCAUCAUUUUCCGCUCGCUUGCGAUCGGUGAACUGAAGGUCAGGAUGGCGCCAGCUGUGGCAAUCUCGUCUCCGUCUUCGUGGACACCAGGCUCGACGCCCGCUCUCGACAAUGCGUCGAUUCCGGCGUUCAUCUCGCAGAACCUCGGCCAAUACAGCCCUUACUUUCCGCAGUCGCAGUCGUACGACGAGCCACCGAGCCAUUGCGAGGUCAUCUACGUGCAUCAACUGGAGAGGCAUGGCAGCCGCUACCCAACCAAAUCGACGUAUCGGGGCCUAGAGGAGACCCUUAGGAAGAUUGCCAAGCACCUGAAGAAGACGAAGGACGAUACAACUGGAUCGUGGGAACGAGGAAACGAAGGCGGUGAUGAUGAUGAUUAUGAUGAAGGCGAGGGAGAGAUUGAACGACACAGCCGAGGACUGGACCCAUCAUUGGCCUGGCUGCGUGGCUGGACGUCCAAGAAGAAACGCGAGGAUGGUGGACUUCGGAACAAGCUUGGACAAGACGAGCUGGUGCCAUACGGCCAGUGGGAAGGUUACCUGAGUGGAUGGACCUUUCAGCAACGUUACGGUCAUCUCUUCGAACAGACGGAGGCGCAAGUAGACAUCAAUCGCAGCUUUGAGAGACCAGGAGUGGCCGAGUGGGCAUGCGAGGCGCUCGCAGGCUACUCGACGCUUGCGCAACACAUCUGCCGAUGGUCGAUGGAUCUGAUCGCUCCACAGGAGAGCAAAGACGACGAUCGACGUGCAAUCCAUAGCAGACCCUUUGUGCGAGCGUCAGGAGCCGAGAGAGUCGUAGCAACCUCGCGCUUCUUCCUUGAAGGAUUCGCUCAACGAUCUCUGGACGCAUUCCGACAUGCCCAGCCCGUUAGCAGCGCAUGGCCCCCUUCUGACCGCGCUGACCCUCGGGUGCCACAGGGCAGGAUGAACGUACUGAAAAAACCAAAGCCACAUAGAAGCAUUCCAAAUUUGCCUUGGCCUGACGUUGUCAUCCCGGAGGCGCGAGGCCAGCAUGGCUCCAACAACACACUCGAUGUUUACACUUGCAAAGCAUUUGAGCAACUUUACCGCGAUAAUCCGCACUCAGAGGGCGCCAAAUUGGAGAGAAAGCUGCAAGACCGUCAAGCGCGGCACACUCGAAAGGAGCUUCAGCGCCGAUUUGGGACCGACCGACGUGGACGAAGACUCAGGCUGACCACAGAGGACGUUAUGGCGCUCGCAAACGUUUGCGCGUUUCACACAGUCGCCUCGCUUGAUCCUUAUGUUUUCUCAUCUCCAACUUCCUCGUCCGACGAGAACGCUCCAGCUACCUCCCCUUUCUGCAGCCUCUUUGAACCUAAUGACUUCCACAACCUGAUCGAAGCUUCAUUUGACAUCGAAAAGGCGUACGGAUUCGCCUCGGCCAACCCACUGCGCCGAUCGCUGGCCAUUGGGUACUGGAGGGAGGUCUUGGCCCGAAUGAAGGGCGAAAAGCCACUUGUGAUCCCAAGCCCAACGAGCAUCAAUACCACCCUGGAUCUGGACGAGACAACCUUUCCAACUUCUCACUCUGGUGACGCCGGACAGACACAAGAGUCGAGAGCAUUUGUUGAUUUCACACACGAUAAUCAACUGGCGCCUGUCGUUGCCUCGCUUGGACUGUCACACUUUGGAGGAUCAAAGAAGUCAAAUGGCUGGAGGACCUCUGCGACAACGCCGUUCGCUGGUCGACUAACGAUCGAAGAGCUCCGUUGUUCUUCACAGGAAGGGGAGGACGCAGAGAGGAAAGUGAGGAUCUUCGUGAACGAUCUGCUCGUGGCACCCUUUUCCCAGGAUGCAUUCUACGCCGGGGGACAAGGUGGAGCAGUCUGCAAGGAUGCAAAGCUAUGCUCAUUUGACGAGUUCGUCAAUACGCUCGCCGCUUGGGCCGAACAGGAUGACGAAUGGGAAAAGUGCUACCGCUAAGCAGAAAGACCGCAUAGAGAUCGUCAAGAAUGUCAUUAGAUUUGUCUU